AUGUUUUCAUACCGGGUCCGGCUACCAGCUGAGAUACACUCUAACCAGACCUCUGAGCAAACUGUAGUGGAAGGAGAAGAUAUAGUUCUUAACUGUCCAGCUACUGGUUAUCCUCAUCCUAGGGUAGAAUGGAGAAGAAAGGAUAGAAAAGUUCUGCCCGAUACCUCAUCAGUUAAACUGUACGGAGAAACACUGCAGAUAGAUAGUGUGAGGAGAGAAGAUAGGGGUGAAUAUUCUUGCACUGCAGAUAAUCAAGUUUCUGCCCCUGUAUCAAAACAUUUUACUCUCAAGGUUAGAUUUGGACCUAGAAUAUCUGUUCCUAGACCUAGAGUUCAUCAGGCACUCAGUCAUGGUGUAUCUCUGGUCUGUGAUAUUGAAGCCUACCCUGCCCCUGCAAUAACAUGGACAAAGAAUGGUGUGAGUAUUGUAAAUGAGGAGAACUAUUUUGUUGUUCAUUUUUCACGAGGAGACACUCUCACUGCAUCUACUGUAAAGAUUGAUUACUUAAAUCCCGACCACUUUGGUAUCUAUGAAUGCCACGCUUCCAAUAUUCAUGGCGAAGCUACCCAGCGACUUGAACUCAUCCAGACUAAAAUACCUAUACCUGUGGCUCAUUAUGGUUCUGGUGUAUCAGCUGUCAAUGGUUCUCUUUAUUUGUAUCUUUUUAUCCAGAUAGCGGUUAGUUUAACAUUUGCACUGUAAUAUGAUGUACCUCUUAUACUUAGCGAUGGGCAAUGUUUUUUAAAAUGUUCAGAAAAAUACAAAGAAAAUUGUUUGGGAAAAUUUCAAAAAUAAAUUUUGCA